ACAAGACUUGCUCUCGGAGAACACGCGGUUUAUCUAGCUGCUGGUUACACACGUGCUGCACUGCCUUUCUGAUUUCUAAUCAAACUGGAGCAGAAAACGGCAGACCAGCGUAACUUAGACUUCCAAGACUGCACUCUUCAUUGAAGUUGGCACCCAAUUUUACCUCAUGAGUUUUGUGGAAUACUCCGAGUUCAUCCAAGAAGGGGAUGUUGUCAUUAUAUUCCUGGGUCAUGAGUCCAUGAUGCCUAUUAAAGUUCAGUCUGGGGCUCAGACACAGACCCGCUAUGGGGUCAUUCGCCACUCCAGUGAUCUGAUUGGACAACGGUUUGGUUCCAAAGUGACUUGCAGUAAAGGUGGUUGGGUUUAUGUGCUGCACCCUACACCAGAGCUGUGGACAGUAAACCUCCCCCACCGAACACAGAUCCUCUACACUACAGACAUUGCCAACAUCACACUGAUGCUGGAGCUCAAACCAGGCUCUGUCGUCUGUGAGUCGGGUACGGGCAGCGGCUCUCUGUCUCACGCUAUUCUGCGGACCAUUGCUCCCACCGGCCACCUGCACACAGUGGAGUUCCAUGCUCAACGAGCUGAGAAGGCCAUCGAGGAGUUCAAGGAGCACAAGGUGUCUCACCUGGUUACCGUCAGAAACCAGGAUGUGUGCAAGGAGGGCUUUGGUGUCAGUGAUGUAGCCGAUGCGGUCUUUCUAGACAUCCCCUCUCCGUGGGAGGCUGUCACACAUGCCAAGAGGGCUUUAAAGCACAAGGGAGGACGUCUAUGUUCUUUCUCACCAUGUAUAGAGCAGGUUCAGAGGACUUGUGAGGCAUUAUUGGACCAUGGCUUUGAGGAGAUCUGCACUCUGGAGGUUCUGCUGCGGGUGCAUGAUGUUCGUGCUGUAACUAUGCCCAUACCAGACUUUGGACCAGUGGAGGGAUCUACUGACAUCACCCAGAUGGCUUCUAAUCUUGGUCAAGAGGAAGUCCCAAAUGCUGGGAACGCAUCUGUGAUCUGCCGGACUGCCACACCCCCGAGAGAAAUGGCAGGACACACAGGUUACCUUACCUUUGCUACCAAACCACGUGACUAGAAGCAAAAUUGAGGAUAAAGCAGGCUGCUCAAAUUGGAAUUUGAGCAGAUAUGAGAACUGCAGGCUUGACCUUUCUUGAAUAUUAGGACUUCACCAGUCCUCACCAUUUAAACUAUUUUGUUUAGCUUAAUUAAAGCUAAGAUAUAAAAAAUCUUUUACCAGCCUAACAGGCAUUAACUAGUAACAUCUUAACUGGUAAUGCCACUCAAAACCUCUGAGUAGUGAUAUUUGAUGUUCAGUUUCCUCAUUUGUUUUGUUUUUUAUAUAUAUAUAUAUAUAUAUAUAUGGGAAUCUUUAUUUUACUGCAAUAAAUAAA